GGAAAUAGCUUUAUCUUAGUAAUGUUAGCAACAUGCUUCUCCAAAUUUGCUGUGGAAGGAAAACCGAGCUUGGAAGAGCUUCAAGAGCAGCAGCCACAUCGCUGCAGGAUGGCUAGGAAAUCCACCCAGUGGGAGGGCGGAGAUGAAAGGACAGCUGUCUUUUCCUUCACUUAGCUGGUGAGCUACUGCUCAUCCUUAGCUCUCCUCUUCCAGGGAGGCUUCCUGGCUUGCCUCACUGCCCUAUUCCAUCCCAUCCCCAGAGGGCCUCCCUGCUCUUCCCUCCUCAUGGCCCUGCUCGAAGCCUCCUCUGACUGUGACACUGACUGAGACUUGCAGACUUGCAGGGUAAGGGAGAGGAAGCUGUGUGUCAAGGCCCUGAGCGGAGCUGGAGCUCAGGGGAUACAGGAACCCCAACGGAAAUUGGAACUGAGACCAAAGAGAAGACUGGAAAGAAGUGGGGUUGAUAGAGAGGUCAGCAGGAAUUAGCAGGACCUUUAAGUCCAUGGCAAGGAGUCUACCUUUGUUGGAAAGUCCAAGGGAAGCCACAGCAGAGCUUUAAGCCAGAGAGAGGUUGCUAUCCUCUCCCACUUUGUGUCAAGUAAGCCUCACCUCUGCUUUGGAAGCGCGGACCUAUGCCUGCAGCCAUACCUGACUCAGCAAGGUCUGGCAGGGCCACCUUAAGGCCGAACCACCUUAAGCAGUCCCACUCCCUGCACAGCCAAUGGGCUGGGGUGGCCUCAGUGCCCGUGACCCACAGCUAUGGCCAGUCUGCUCCGGGCUGCUGCGAUCUGGGGGCUGUUCCCCCGGAGGGGUUACUGCUCCAGGGGGACUCAGGGUUGUGGGCACAGGUGUCUCUGAGCGACUGCUGGCAGUGUGUGUCUUCCCGGCAGGGCGAGCUCAGCAAGGGCUUUGUGGAGGCUCUGAAAGCAGUCGUGGGGAGCCCCCAUGUGUCCACUGCUGCCGCCGUCCGCGAGCAGCAUGGUCACGAUGAGUCCAUGCACAGGUGCCAACCUCCAGAUGCCGUGGUGUGGCCCCAGAAUGUGGAGCAGGUCAGCCGGCUGGCAGCCCUGUGCUACAGCCAAGGAGUGCCCAUCAUCCCAUUUGGCACCGGCACUGGGGUUGAGGGUGGAGUGUGUGCGGUGCAGGGUGGUGUCUGCAUCAACCUGACCCACAUGGACAAAAUCCUGGAGCUGAAUCUGGAAGACUUCUCUGUGGUGGUGGAGCCAGGCGUCACCCACAAAACUCUCAACACCCAUCUGCGGGACAGUGGCCUCUGGUUUCCCGUGGACCCAGGUGCUGAUGCCUCUCUCUGUGGCAUGGUGGCCACCGGGGCCUCGGGCACCAAUGCCGUGCGCUAUGGCACCAUGCGGGAGAACGUGCUGAACCUGGAGGUGGUGCUGCCUGGCGGCCAGGUGCUUCAUACCGCAGGCCGCGGCCGUCAUUUCCGGAAGAGCGCAGCUGGCUACAACCUCACAGGGCUCUUUGUGGGCUCCGAGGGGACACUAGGACUCAUCACAGCUGCCACUCUGCGUCUGCAUCCUGCCCCUGAGGCCACAGUGGUCGCCACCUGUGCGUUCCCCAGUGUCCAGGCAGCCGUGGACAGCACUGUUCACAUCCUCCAGGCUGCAGUGCCCGUGGCGCGCAUUGAGUUUCUGGAUGACGUCACGAUGGACGCCUGCAACAGGCACAGCCAGCUGAACUGCUCCGUGGCGCCCACACUCUUCCUCGAGUUCCAUGGUUCUGAGCAGGCCCUGGCUGAGCAGCUACAGCUGGCAGAGGAGAUCACCCAGCACAAUGGAGCCUUCCACUUCUCCUCUGCCAAGGAGGCUGAGGAGCGCAGCCGGCUCUGGGCAGCGCGACACAAUGCCUGGUAUGCAGUCCUGGCCCUGCGGCCGGGCUACAAGGGCUAUUCCACCGACGUGUGCGUGCCCAUCUCCCGGCUGCCAGAGAUCGUGGUGCAGACCAAGGAGGACCUGAAGGCCCAGGGACUCACAGGAGCCAUCGUUGGACACGUGGGUGACGGCAAUUUCCACUGCAUCCUGCUGGUGGACCCAGAGGACCCCGAGGAGCUGCAUAGAGUCAAGGCCUUUUCAGAACAGCUGGGCAGGCGGGCGCUGGCACUCCAUGGGACAUGCACUGGGGAACAUGGCAUUGGGCUGGGCAAGCGCCAGCUGCUACAGGAGGAGGUGGGCGCCGUGGGCAUGGAGACCAUGCGGCGGCUGAAGGCCAUGCUGGAUCCCCAAGGCCUCAUGAACCCAGGCAAGGUGCUGUGAGGGCCUGCAAGCCCACAAGCCCCCAGACAGUGGAGCCUCCUGUUCUGGAACCUUUCUUCUUGUCACAGAACAGUUCGCCUCCACCUAGACCUGCAGAGGGCCUUGCCUGCCUUCCCCUGGGUCUGAGCCCCGCUGCUGCGGGCGGCCAGCUCCCUUAGCCUGACUCCACCUGCCUGACGACAGGAACACUCCUCCCUGGGGUGGGAAGAGAUCUCCCACUCCACGUUGAUAGGCUUCCUUAGGCCCCUAAAGCGAACCAGAGCCCCAUUUGCAGCAGUCUGGAGACAAGCAGGCAGCACCUACGAGUGGCCUCCUGUGUCUGCCCUCCCCCACCUCCUUCAGGUUCUCUGUCCUGUGGCCAGUGAUACCCUCAUCCCUGGUUCUGGGCCUGUCCUCGGACUUACUGCAGUCUGGGGAGGGGGUGGUGCUUACACUACAGAAGGUCGCUUUCAGGGAUCCAGGUCCCUGUCCCAACUGCUGUUUGUGAGAAGCCCAAAGCCAGAGGAUUUGGCCAUGGCCAACAUGAGCCUGGACUGGGCCCAAGAACAUUCUGAACAUGUUCUUCAGGCGGCUGCUGCCAAUCAAUGGAAACGGAAGUGAAAUUAUUCUGCUUGUAUUAUGUUUC